AUGGUGAGAGGGUAUGGAAGGAAAAGAGCCCAAACUGCUUGUAUGAUAAAAAUUGACCUCCAAAAAGCUUAUGAUACAUUGGAUUGGAAUUUCCUCAAAGAAAUGAUGGUGACCCUCAAUUUUCCAAUGAAGUUUAUUGAAUUGGUUUUGAGCUGUGUUACUACUCCUCAAUUUUCUUUCAUGAUUAAUGGUGCUUUACAUGGCUAUCUCCCUUCUAAGAGAGGUUUAAGGCAAGGGGACCCAAUGUCGCCUUUGCUUUUUGUCAUUGGCAUGGAAUAUCUCUCAAGAAUUAUGGUUAAGAUUGCUAAGCAUGGUGAUUUUAAGUUUCAUCCAAGAGUUCUGGUUUGCAACCAAACAAAAACAACUGCUAUAUAUGGGGCUGGUUUGUCAGAGAUGGAUUGGACUAGAAUCACAGACAUGUCAGGUUUUAUUCGGAGCAAUCUUCCGUUUAAUUAUCUUGGAAUGCCAAUCAGUAGCAAGAGGAUAACCAAGGCAGAUUGUGAAUGUCUUGUGGAUAAAAUGGUAGCCAGAAUUAGAAGUUGGAGCUCAAGGAAUCUGUCCUUUGCAGGGAUAGUUGAUUAUUCAGGGCCAGGGAAGGUUGCUUGGAGUGAGAUUGGUACAGGGAAAAAGCAAGGAGGUCUUGGUUUCAGAAAUAUUGGUACUUGGAACACUUGUGCUAUUGGUAAGUAUGUGUGGGAUAUUGCCAUGAAAGAAGAUAACUUGUGGGUAGAGUGGGUUCAUAAUGUUUAUUUACGAGAAGAGGAUUGGUGGAGUUAUAAAGCUCCAACAACUAGCAGUUGGUAUUGGACUAGGAUCGUUCAAGCCAAGGAUGAAUUAAAGGCUGCUUUUUCCAAUAAUGAUCAUCAAUGGCAGAGGUACAGUAUCAACAAAAUGUAUAAGUAUUUGAUGAAGAAUAAUGAAGGAAGCUGGAAAUACUCUUACCCGUGGGAUAGAAUUGGUGUUCCUAAGCACAAAUUUAUGACUUGGCUAGCUCUUAAAAAGCGGUUACAAACUAGAGAUAGACUUAUCAGCUUUGGUAUUAAUUCUGACCCCUUUGCUUGUUAUGUGGUCAGCUUGCUGAGUCCCAUAGACACCUGUUUUUUGAAUGCCAAUUCAGUAAGAUGUGUAUGCAACACAUACUGA